AAUGUCCAUUGGAUUUGAGGAUUGAGGAAGGUGAGAGUUAAUUUGAAUCACCAACGACCAGUGGUGCCUUUUCACUUGUGUUGCUCAAUAAAGGCUUUUGUAGGAUUCACAUCUCAACAGCCUUUAUUUUGAAAGUGCACAGGAUGUGUGUGGGUGGUGUUUGCACGUGUGCAGGAUUAGAAGACAGCCGUGUGCUCUUCAUCCUCCUCAUCCUCUUCAUCAUGGAGCUGCAGUUCAGCCUCGUCUUCUUUUUCACCGCCAUUGUCGCCUUCCUUUUGGCCGUCGUCCUGCACAGGAAGUCCAAGACCCCGCUUUCCAAGGAGCUCCAACUUCAGCCUCAGGCUGUCCCAGAAGCACCAUCAACAUCCGUUUCAGGAGGAACUCCAAAAGCGGUCAAAGAAUCCUCUAUAGGUACUGUCCUGGGAACAUCCAAAGAUUCUGAUUCAGAAUCAGUGUCUGCUCCAGAAACACUUCCGAAUUCAAUCUCAGAACCAGUUUCACUGCUCGACCCAUUUUUGGCAUCGUCAACAAGGCCUAAAGUUUCAGAACUCCUUCCAGCGAAUCAGUCAGUCAGCAAAUUAGUUAGUGUUCAAGAAACAGCUUCUAGUUCGGAGUCAGUCUUCUCAAACAUUUCACUUCUAGAAGUGGCCCCUCAGCCAGAACCAGCAAGUGCUUUAGAACCCGUACCACAACCACUGGUAGCACCAAAACCAGUUUCAAAAAUUGUUCCUCAGCUGGUAACAGUUGCACACAAUAAUUGUAUUCCAGAACAAGUUUCUGAACUAGCACCAGAUCCUGCACAGAAACAGAUUUCAGUGGCACAGAGGGAUCCGUAUCCAAAACCCUUCUCUGAACCAGAGCUUGAAACAGUUUUUGUUCCAUUACCAGGUUCUGAACAAGUGUCAGUACCACAGGUCGUUAAAGAAGAAGAGCCAGUUUCAGAACUAGAACCUGAUUUCCAGUCUGAAUUCAAACCUGAAGAGGUCUUAGAGGUUGAGGCUGAGUCGGUUUCACAAUCUGUGAAUACAACUGAUCCGGUCUCAAGAUCCACAGAAGAGAACCUUGAACCUGUUGCUGAGCCAGCAACCAAGCUUGGAGCAGAACCCCAUCCAGAACCAGAGAUUAAAGAAGCGGUGUCCUCCCAAGAAAAAGUUUGCUUCUCUCCUGGAAAGAAACUAAACAAGUUGGAGACUCUGAUGAGCAAGGAAGAGAUGGAGGAGGAGCAGAGAGUGCAACAGGAGCAGCUGGCGGCCAUCUUGCUGCUGCUGAGGGAGAACCAGGAAGUGCUGGAGGUGACAGAAGGAGACAUGGAGGAGCAGCUCAAGUUGUACUCACUGUGAAUUUGCAGCUUUCACUCCCCACUAGACAGUUGUACUCACUGUGAAUUUGCAGCUUUCACUCCCCACUAGACAGUUGUACUCACUGUGAAUUUGCAGCUUUGACUCCCCACUAGACAGUUGUACUCACUGUGAAUUUGCAGCUUUCACUCCCCACUAGACAGUUGUACUCACAGUGAAUUUGCAGCUUUCACUCCCCACUAGACAGUUGUACUCACUGUGAAUUUGCAGCUUUCACUCCCCACUAGACAGUUGUACUCACAGUGAAUUUGCAGCUUUCACUCCUCACUAGACAGUCGUACUCACUGUGAAUUUGCAGCUUUCACUCCCCACUAGACAGUUGUACUCACUGUGAAUUUGCAGCUUUCACUCCCCACUAGACAGUUGUACUCACUGUGAAUUUGCAGCUUUCACUCCCCACUAGACAGUUGUACUCACUGUGAAUUUGCAGCUUUCACUCCCCACUAGACAGUUGUACUCACUGUGAAUUUGCAGCUUUCACUCCCCACUAGACAGUUGUACUCACAGUGAAUUUGCAGCUUUCACUCCCCACUAGACAGUUGUACUCACUGUGAAUUUGCAGCUUUCACUCCCCACUAGACAGUUGUACUCACAGUGAAUUUGCAGCUUUCACUCCCCACUAGACAGUUGUACUCACUGUGAAUUUGCAGCUUUCACUCCCCACUAGACAGUUGUACUCACUGUGAAUUUGCAGCUUUCACUCCCCACUAGACAGUUGUACUCACUGUGAAUUUGCAGCUUUCACUCCCCACUAGACAGUUGUACUCACUGUGAAUUUGCAGCUUUCACUCCCCACUAGACAGUUGUACUCACUGUGAAUUUGCAGCUUUCACUCCCCACUAGACAGUUGUACUCACUGUGAAUUUGCAGCUUUCACUCCCCACUAGACAGUUGUACUCACUGUGAAUUUGCAGCUUUGACUCCCCACUAGACAGUUGUACUCACUGUGAAUUUGCAGCUUUGACUCCCCACUAGACAGUUGUACUCACUGUGAAUUUGCAGCUUUCACUCCCCACUAGACAGUUGUACUCACUGUGAAUUUGCAGCUUUGACUCCCCACUAGACAGUUGUACUCACUGUGAAUUUGCAGCUUUGACUCCCCACUAGACAGUUGUACUCACUGUGAAUUUGCAGCUUUCACUCCCCACUAGACAGUUGUACCCACUGUGAAUUUGCAGCUUUGACUCCCCACUAGACAGUUGUACUCACUGUGAAUUUGCAGCUUUCACUCCCCACUAGACAGUUGUACUCACUGUGAAUUUGCAGCUUUCACUCCCCACUAGACAGUUGUACUCACUGUGAAUUUGCAGCUUUGACUCCCCACUAGACAGUUGUACUCACUGUGAAUUUGCAGCUUUCACUCCCCACUAGACAGUUGUACUCACUGUGAAUUUGCAGCUUUGACUCCC